CUUCCUACCCAAGCGAAGAGGUGUUGAUGUUCAUGGGUUAUGCUUCGACCAUGUGCAGUUUGUUUUAAUUUGAACAUUUUGGGGGGCUAGGGGCAUAGGCUUGUGAAGAGCAUUCCGAACCUGGGGGAGCUCCUCAUUGUCUGGUAGGAGAGACACCCCCAGUCUGUCCUCGAUGCCGUCAGCCUUGGCCAUCUUCACUUGCCGCCCGAACUCGCACCCGUUUCAGGAGCGUCAUGUCUACCUGGACGAGCCCAUCAAGAUCGGCCGCUCGGUGGCACGCUGUCGACCAGCGCAGAAUAAUGCCACCUUUGACUGCAAAGUGCUGUCAAGGAACCAUGCCCUCGUCUGGUUUGAUCACAAGACGAGCAAGUUUUAUCUCCAAGACACUAAAAGUAGUAAUGGCACCUUUAUAAACAGCCAGAGAUUGAGUCGAGGCUCUGAAGAAAGUCCACCAUGUGAAAUUCUUUCUGGUGACAUUAUCCAGUUUGGGGUAGAUGUGACAGAGAAUACACGGAAAGUUACCCAUGGGUGUAUUGUUUCCACAAUAAAACUUUUUCUACCAGAUGGUAUGGAAGCCCGGCUCCGCUCAGAUGUCAUCCAUGCUCCAUUACCAAGUCCUGUUGACAAAGUUGCUGCUAACACUCCAAGUAUGUACUCUCAGGAACUAUUCCAACUUUCUCAGAAUCUACAGGAGGCCUUACAUCGGGAACAGAUGUUGGAACAGAAGCUAGCCACACUUCAGCGGCUACUAGCCAUCACCCAAGAGGCUUCAGAUACCAGUUGGCAGGCUUUAAUAGAUGAAGAUAGACUCUUAUCACGGUUAGAAGUUAUGGGAAACCAAUUACAGGCAUGCUCCAAAAAUCAAACAGAAGAUAGUUUACGGAAAGAAUUCAUAGCAUUACAGGAAGAUAAACACAACUAUGAGACCACAGCCAAAGAGUCCCUGAGGCGGGUUCUUCAGGAGAAAAUUGAAGUGGUUAGAAAACUUUCAGAAGUUGAGCGCAGUCUGAGUAAUACUGAAGAUGAAUGUACCCACCUGAAAGAAAUGAAUGAGCGGACUCAGGAAGAACUAAGAGAAUUGGCCAAUAAAUAUAAUGGAGCAGUUAAUGAAAUUAAAGAUUUAUCUGAUAAAUUAAAG